CACAAGCUGGAGCUGAUUAUGCAAAUGAAAAACGCUCUACUUCAUGUUGAACACGAAAGAAGGUAUCUCCACAACAAACUUCAGGAGCUAAAGGGGAACAUCCGGGUUUACUGCCGUAUACGGCCUCCUAGUCCGGGUGUACACCCUCAACAGUUGGCAGAAAUAGAGUAUCCUGCUGAUGAUAACGAUGUUGAUGAGAGCUUAUGCCAGGCCAUCUCCAUCUCCAAGGAACUUCCAUCUUCAGAGUACCUUCAAGGACAAACUCAAGCCCGCAACAAAACCUCGUACACGUUCAAGUUCGACAAGGUGUUUGGUCCCAGUCAUCAGAACUCUCAGGUUUUUGAUGAGCUUUCUCAAUUGGUUCAGUCUGCUUUGGAUGGUUUCAACGUGUGUGUAUUUGCCUAUGGCCAAACCGGGUCGGGCAAAACUUGGACAAUGUCCCAUCCUGGAGAUGGGAUGAUUCCGCUUACGAUUCACAAGAUCUUUGAUGAUAUUUCAGAUUUGAAACAAAACGGUUGGGAGUAUCUGGUAGAGGGUCAGUUUUUGGAAAUCUACAACGAAACUAUAAUUGACUUGUUGGCCAAUGGAUCUGGGGACACCAAAUAUGACAUCAAACACGAUGACAUCAACGGUAAGACCACAAUCUCGAACUUGCGUACCAUUCGUCUCAAUUCUGCUCAAGAAGCUCUUAUGUUGUUUAAUAAGUCGGCAUUGAACCGCUCAACUGCAUCCACAAACUCCAACGAGAGGUCGUCCCGGUCCCACUCCAUAUUUGUAUUGAACAUCAAAGGCUUCAAUGCCAAAAUAGGAACCUCGUGUGAAGGGUGUUUGAAUCUUGUGGAUUUGGCUGGUUCCGAGCGUCUCAAUAACUCUCAGGCCAAAGGAGACCGAUUGAAAGAAACACAGUACAUAAAUAAGUCGUUGUCGUGUUUGGGAGAUGUCAUAUAUUCGUUGGGUCAACCGAAGAACAAUCAUGUUCCAUACAGAAACUCCAAAUUAACUUACUUGCUCAAACACAGUCUUGGUGGAAACUCCAAAACGUUGAUGUUUGUGAACAUUUCCCCCGCUGCCACCAACUUCAAUGAGUCUUUGAACUCUUUUAGAUUUGCUACCAAGGUGGGUAAUACCAAACGGGGUUCUGGUAUCAGAAAAUGAAAGUGUUUGUAUUAAUAUUUACAGGUAAAUCUACAGAUUUCUUCUACUUCAGAACUGCCGCCGUGACGUUCUCCAAGAGUAAACUGGACUCUGGCAAGUAGUUGUUUGAUCUGGUCAAAAGCUUUUUAUCAACAGCUGACUGCCAUAACUCUUUGUAGUGCGCAUGUGCCCAUUCUUCAAUCUUGUCUUGAUCUUCCAGAGACAAACAGAAGUUGUAGAGAGAAACCACUGUAUCCUCUGUUACUUCAAGACCAUAGUCGUCCAUUUCUUCCGUAAGACUAGUGGCCUCUUCAGGAAACCCAUGAUACACAUAAGCGAUCAAGUACUGUCUAAAUAUCGCAUCAUUCGGAAGAAUCCCAAACCUCGAGAGGUUAUUCCAAAACAACUUGACAUGGUUUAAGUUGCUAUAUGUGAAAGUUUUAAGCAUGAUUUGAACGGUUUCUUCAUUGAUGGUGGAUUUCCCUUCGAUUUUCUUCAUGGGGUUCAUGGCCAAAAAUAAGUCUCUAGUUUUUCCCACCUCUUGUAGAUUGGAGUAUGCUUGCAACAACGAAUUCUGCAAUUCAAGAUCUUGUCUAGGUAAUGAUACGUCUGUUUUAAGGUAUUCAUGGAUUUCCUCUACUCCCUCCUGGUAAAGCUUAUCACCAAACUCCUCGAACAAGUAAACGUACAUCUCUUUCAGAGGAGGAAGAUUAUUAUGGUUCCCGUGAGUUUCGUAAAGGUUU